AUGUUAUUUUAAGCCUGUUGUUUCCUGCAAAAAAGCAGACUUCCCUUCCUCCAUUUUCUCUCUUGGGGGGUUCAUCAAAACCCCAACAAAACCAUUUCAACAAAACAAAAUCCUUCUUCAAUGGAGUUGUACCAGAAAUCAAACAACCCCAUUCAAAUGGAAAACAUUUAACCCAAAAUACAUAAAACCCACUUCUUAAAUCUCAAAUAAAAGAACAACCCAAUUCAUUUUUUGUUCAUUUUAAUGAGAAUCAUGCCAAUGACAACAAUGAUUUCUAGUAAUGUUGGUGAUAUAGAGCAAGGAAUAAUUUCUCAUAACAAUGGUGAAGAUUCAGAUGAAGCAAGUGUUAGAUGUUCAUAUGAAGAAAGUAGUUCAAAUGAUUCAUCUUCUUGUACAAGGGUUGUAGUUAUGAAGGAUGAUGAAGUUAGUAAUGGAAGAAGAAUAAAUGAGAAAAAUAGGUCUUCUUCUUCUUCUUCUUCUUCUUCUUCUUCAUCUUCUUGUUUGUCUGAAUGUUCAGUGGAAGAAGUUAUGGAUCUAGAGACAAAAGUGAAUGUGCAUUUAUCAAAAGUUGAGAGGGAUUGCAGGAUUUGUCAUUUGAGUUUAGAUGGGUCGAAUCCUGAAUCCGGAUUCCCUAUUGAAUUGGGUUGUUCUUGUAAGGAGGAUUUGGCCUCUGCUCAUAAACAUUGUGCUGAAGCUUGGUUUAAAAUUAGGGGUAACAAGACCUGCGAGAUAUGUGGUUCAACCGCUCGCAAUGUGGUUGGUGUAAACGAAGUUGAACUAACGGAGCAAUGGAACGAAGCUAACGAUAAUUCCACAGCCACUGCAGCUCCGCCUCAUCCAGCUGAAACCCGGCACUUUUGGCAAGGGCAUAGGUUCCUUAACUUCCUGCUCGCUUGUAUGGUCUUUGCUUUCGUCAUCUCUUGGCUCUUUCACUUCAAUGUACCGUCUUAGGAUUUGUGUACAGAAGCCAUGGCAAUGCGUGUUGUUGCAACAUUUUAAGAAGAAAAAGCCGGCGUAUAUAAACGCUACAGAGGCUUUAUCGGCAAGGAGCAGGUAUCUUUGUAUUCCAUUCUCACUUCAACCAUCUUAUAGUAGCAUUAGGCAAGGUUUGUUUAUAGUAUUAGAUUAGACCCAAGAGCUCUUUAGGGAAUAGCUUCAUUUCAUGUCAUGUUGUAUUAUCCAUUAUGCCCUUAAACUUUCGUGUCUCGACUUUCGCCUUGUUGGCAUUUCGGUUGGAAGAACCCCAAGUGUAAAAGAAAACUAUCUCAAAGGAGAAAUGAGAUCUCCUGCUUCACCGUAAAUGUAUUGUUGUUUGCCAUGGAAAUUGAGUUUUCACGCGAAGUUCUGGAAAUGACUAAUAUACCCUUGUUUAGUGUGUAUACCAAAUAUCAUUUUUUGGGCUGUUUGGUUGUCAGUGUUAAAUAGAGAGAAUAAUAAUGGAAAUUUAGUGUAAUUUUGGUAGGAAAAUUCAUUAAACAAGUCGAUAGUGUUAAUGAUUCUCAUUUUCUUGAUAAAAUUCAUUAAACUACAUUAUUAUUUAAAGAUAUGGUAUUAGCUGAUAAUGGAAAACAAUGAUGAAAAUUUACACUGCAAAUCUGAUUAUCGUCAUUUAGUAUUAACAAUUAAACAUGCCGUUAGUGUCGUCAAUUGAUAUUUGUUGGGUUUUUUCAAUGUUAGUUUUAAAGAAGAAAAGGUGUAAUUUGCUUCUACUUUAGUGCUGUAAUAAAAGAUAGUGACUGUAAAUUAAAGCUUGUCACAAAGUCACAAUUAAGGUAAGGAUGUUUGAACAAAGUUUGAAAGAUGUGUGAAUUGACUUUAAAGGGUCUUUAAGUGUGUUUUGGGUUCCUUAAUUUCUUGUUAGUCCAAUGUGAAUUUGGGUGUAACUUGUAAAUUGGGUCCAUUUUGUGUCACAAAUAUCAAAAGUCUUGGGCCAAUCUAUCACUUCUAACUUCUACUCCUAAGUUGUACUACUCCGAACAAAAAUAGAAAUAAUUCAAAAUGGGUGAGAUGAACUAAAAUAGUUAGUUAUGUUAAAUAAAUAGGAGGGGAGAGUAGCAACUAGAAUUGUGUGAAAAAUCUAAUGUUUGAUCUAAAACAUCCGAGUGUUUUAAGUGUGUGUUAAUUUAGUUUUAUUUUUAUGUUUGGAUCAUGUUAAGAUAGAGUCAGCAAGUUUAGUCAAAUUUAAUCUAAUUAUUCACCUCUAAAUCUAUAUGACCACAACGUCAUACCCUCACAUUUAUAAUUCCAACUUUAUCACAUAAUGCGUUACCUCCAUCUCAAACAUUCUACAUAUCGACAAUUAGAUCUGGUCUCAGUUUGACCAAAUAUCAUUUUUCUCAAGUAAGGUUACGGAUCGAUUUUCAGUUAACCCUCUCUUUUUCUCAAACUACCCUAUAAUUCAAAAAAAUACAUGCUAUAUAUCGGCAAGUUAUUAAAAACUACAAUCUAUCCAAAUAUUCCUACAAUUCAACCCCUUUAUUAUUUACUAGUCCUUACCUUCUUGGAAUAA